AAUGAAGAUUUGGAUAGUUUUCACUUUUCAGUCUCACUAGCGGGAGAGUGGCAGAGUAGCGAGGCAAAGCGGCUGAUAUAUAUAUAUAUAUACAUACAUGUGUAUAUAUCUAUGUAUGUAUAAUAUUAUAUAAUAUGGAGACAAACAAGUGUUCCGAAUAUUCCAAUUGAAGGGCGUUUAAUUUAAUCUGAUGAAAGUUAUUAAAACGAUUACAAAGAUCCAUAUUUCUUGACGACAAUCAGAAGACAGAGAAGGAAGAAAAUGAAAGCGUUAGGAUGGUGGUUGAUGUUGGUGGGUUCACUCAGACUCGCUUCCGUUUGGUUCGGUUUCUUCGACAUUUGGGCUCUACGUCUCGCCGUCUUCUCAAAAUCUCCCAUGACUGAAGUUCAUGGAAGGACAUUUGGGGUCUGGACUCUACUUACUUGCACUCUCUGCUUUCUCUGUGCAUUUAAUCUUGAAAACAAGCAACUCUAUAUAGCAACCUUUCUGUCAUUCAUCUACGCAUUUGGUCAUUUCUUGAGUGAAUACCUAAUAUACCAGACAAUGGCCAUUGGAAAUCUCUCGACUGUUAGCUUCUUUGCAGGCACAUCGAUCAUAUGGAUGUUGUUGCAGUGGAAUGCCCAUCAACCUCAACCUUCAGUGAAAGGGGAAUAAAAUUUUAGACAGAAUUGCUCAAUAUUUUUGCUGAUGAAGGGAGGAAUUUGGUCUCUGUACCCUGCUUCAUUAUCUCAUUUGCAGUUGUAUGUUUUUGUGUCUUGCUUUGUCCAGAGAUUCACUAUUCGAUUAUGUAACAUUUUACACUUCCAACUCAAUUUAAUCCCAUAACUAGCCGUUCUUGUUC